UAUUUUCGCAUAGAUGUAUCAUCAGUCAUUGUGGCCGCCACCAUCGCAGGCGAUUCGAAAACAUCUAGGUAUGACAGUUACAAUUUGGACAAAGGACCGGUAUUUUAUGAAGCUUAUUAUCCAGACUACGUCCACGACACUCAUAUAGAAAAACGCAACUUGGAUGAAAAUCAAAAGGUGCUAGAAACGAGUUUUCAGGUACCCUUCGAGCGUUUUGCGUACUCGGCUGAAAUGAUGCUGGAAGAUAAUAAAAACCAUCGUCAAACUGCAAGUAUCGAUGAAAUUUCCCGGCUCGUUAGAAGAGCCAUUUCUCGGGAUUUGGAAAACUGGAAUAUUCUCGAAAAAUAUCUAUCCGAUCAAAAUUGGCUGAUGCAGCCAAGAGUCUAUCCUAAAGAAGAAGACAAUAAUAAUAGGUCUCCGUUUCAAAAUAAUCGACAAAGAUCCUUUGAUCAAUCGGGACAUCCUAAUCUAGGGAUAUUACAAAAAUUGGUAGCACGUGAUGCAAAUAAACAGCAUCCUAAUUUCGAGGAGGGAAAUACAAUGAUGAAGAAAAUGAUGAGCGAUAACCGAGACGUGCAGCUGUCGAUCGACGUUGCUUCCGGCUUGCCAUCACUUCCGGAGAAUAUUUUUCAACCACGGCCCCAAAUAAUUCGAUAUACAUUCUUCAGGAAACCCAUCCCACAAUUUGCUCAACAAGCUGAAAAAAUAAUAGAUACUUAUCCAACGCCGAGGAAUUACGGCGACAAUCUUAUUCGCCAGGAGAAUAAAAAGAGCCGAGUAGAAAAAAAUAACGUCAAAAUAACGUCUAUAGAGGUAAGCGAAUUACCGCGACAUAAAACUCGUCAUCAUCAUGGCGAAUGGCCCAAACGAGAUUAUUCUAUUCAUCGUCAGUCUGAGGAAAAAAAAGAGACAAAAGCGGAUACUUAAAUAAAAAUUUGUUGAACGAAGGAAGAGUGUAUUUUGGGUUGAUUUAUAUAUAAGUUCCGUUUUAUUCAAAACACUAACUUUUUUAAUAUUUAAAAUUAUUUACAAUAAUUACAGGGUGAUUUAUU